AUGGUUCGUGCAAAUGGAGGCGGCGUUUGCCAUUCAUCGGAUUACAAGCGACGAAACCAGGUUUACGUAAUAUUACAUUUAGACCCGGCUAUUCUUCCUUUGGUCGCAAAUAUCGUGACGUCUCCACCGGAAGUGGAUCGGUACGCGGCAAUUAAAAAACGUCUCACCACCGUAUUGGGCGAGACCAGCGCUUCGCGAUUGCGGAAAUUACUAACCGCGCAUGAGUUGGGAGACAACAAACCGUCCAUCCUCCUACAGAAAAUGCGUAAUCUCGCGGAAGAGCAGGUGACCGAUGGGGUCCUGCGCACGAUAUUUCUCGAGCAACUCCCCGAAAAUGUUCGCGUCAUUUUAUCCAUAUCCGAAGUAGGCGACUUGAGCAGGUUAGCCAACCAGGCUGACAAAAUUCUAGACAUGGCAAAACCCGCCAUGUUGGCCGUCCAGCCAGUCACCGCUGAGACAGGAGUGCUCAGCAAGAUCGUUACCACCGAGAUCGUUACUCUAACCAAACAGAUGGCGGCAUUGAACAAGCGGAUUGGAAGCCGGUCGCGUAGCAGAUCACGAAGACGCAGCGGAUAUAGAGACCGAUUGAGGAGCAAAUCUCGCGGCAAGGAAGAUAACAAAUUUUGCUUUUAUCACUGCAGAUUUGGAGCCAAAGCCUAUAAGUGCGAAAGCCCAUGCGAGUGGAAGGACGAAAAGAAGUCGAAAAACUAA